GAGGAGCCCCGCACUAAUGGGAAGAAGACCGUUUUGACUUCAAAUCCUUUUACCGUUUGACCGCUUCCAAACAACAAAUGGCAAUCGAAUACGUUUAAUAUUGAAGCAUUUAUACAAGCAGUUUUAUCUGUGGGAUGCGAAGUUGACAUCACAAGCACCCGUACAAGCACUUGUCAUAUGUAUUGAUCGAGAGACGUUUUCAUCAAAUGUGUACCCCUGUGUUGAUCGAGAGACGUGGACAUCACAAGCUUACCCUGUGCGGAUCAAGAAAUGUUGACAAAUGAAAAUUACUGUUUUGAUCAAGAGAUGAUGUCAAAUGCAAAUCCCUGUGUUGAUCAAGAGAUGUUGACACAUGCAAAUCCCAAUGUUGAUCGAGAUAUGUUGACAAAUGGAAACCCCUGUGACGAUCGAGAGAUAUUGGUAUCACUUGGCAGCUACUGUAAAAGUCCAGGCAUGUUAACAUCAUAUGACAGUUGUUUUAGCAAAGAUGAGGGAAAGUUCUGGUGCGACACCUGCGGGCACGGUCUGGCGGACCUGGGUAGCCUGUCACAACAUAUUUCAGAGCACAUUGUUGAUUCCAUGGCGAACACAAAUGACUCCCAUGUCAGCCACACUUCUCAUACAGGCCUUUUGAUUGACCAGAAACCUAUUACAGAUGACGAUGUCAAGAUAGAAAUUGGGGACACACGCCUAGGUACUCCAGACAUCUAUCAGAUUGCUGAGAGUCAAUAUACAUGUACAUGCUCCGUAUGCGGGGAAGUGUUCUUAGAGAUGCAGGAGUUUAAAAGACACCAACAUGUCCACAGUGGAGCCGGCACAAGUUCUCCCAAUGGAAGCUCUCCACAAGUCAAACAGGAAAUGAUGAAAAGUGAACGGGGCCAUAAGUCCAAGGUAUGCUACAGUGGAUUUAUUGUGUCAAGCAAUCUGACUGAGCCUAUACGGAUUCACAGAAGCAAUCGACGGCAUCACUGCAGUGUUUGUGAAAAGGGCUUUUUGCAUGGCUCUGAUCUCAUUGAGCAUAUGAGGAUUCACUCGGGAGAGUGGCCACUCAGUUGCAACGUGUGCGAAAAGGGAUUUGUCACCAGAUCGCAACUCACCCAGCAUAUUAGGAUUCACACGGGUGAGCUGCCACACAGUUGCAGUGUUUGUGGGAAGGGAUUUGUCUCCAGAUCUAAUCUCACUGAGCACAUCAGGAUUCACAUGAGAGAGCAGGCCACACAGUUGCAGUGUUUGUGGAAAGGGAUUUGUCUCCAAUUCUAACCUCACUAAGCAUAUGAGGAUUCACAUGGGAGAGCGGUCUUACAAUUGCAGUGUUUGUGGGAAGGACUUUGCCACCAGAUGGCAACUCACCCAGCAUAUUAGUACUCAUACGGGUGAGCUGCCACACAGUUGUAGUGUUUGCGGAAAGGGAUUUGUCUCCAGUUCUAACCUCACUAAUCAUAUGAGGAUUCACACCGGAGAGCGGUCUCACAAUUGCAAUGUUUGUGGGAAGGACUUUGCCACCAGAUGGCAACUCAGCUUGCAUAUGAGGAUUCACUCGGGAGAGCGGCCACACAGUUGCAGUGUAUGUGGAAAGGGAUUUUCCGACAGUUCUAAUUUCACAAGGCAUAUGAGGAUUCACACGGGAGAGCGGUCUCACAAUUGCAGUGUUUGUGGGAAGGACUUUUCCACCAGAUGUCAACUCACAUUGCAUAUGAGGAUUCACACAGGAGAGCGGCCACACAGUUGCAGUGUUUGUGGAAAGGGAUUUGUCUCCAAUUCUCAUCUCAGAAAGCAUAUGAGAAUUCACUCGGGAGAGCAGCCACACAGUUGCAGUGUAUGUGGAAAGGGGUUUGCCGACAGUUCUAAUCUCACAAGGCAUAUGAGUAUUCACUCGGGAGAGCGGCCAAAAAGUUGCGGUGUAUGUGGAAAGAGAUUUGCCAAUAGUUCCUAUAUCACUGAUCAUAUGCGGAUUCAUACGGGGGUGCGGUCACAUAGUUGCAGUGUUUGUGGAAAGGGAUUUGUCUCCAGCUUUAAACUCACAAGGCAUAUGAGGAUUCACACAGGUGAGUUGCCACACAGUUGCAGUGUAUGUGGAAAGGGAUUUGCCGACAGUUCUAAUCUCACAAGGCAUAUGAGGAUUCACACGGGAGAGCGGUCUCACAAUUGCAGUGUUUGUGGGAAGGACUUUUCCACCAGAUGGCAACUCACCUUGCAUAUGAGUAUUCACACGGGAGAGCGGCCACACAGUUGCAGUGUUUGUGGAAAGGGAUUUGCCGCCAGAUGUCAACUCGCAUUGCAUAUGAGGAUUCACACGGGAGAGCAGCAACACAGUUGCAGUGUUUGUGGAAAGGGAUUUGUCUCCAAUUCUCAUCUCAGAAGGCAUAUGAGAAUUCACUCGGGAGAGCGGCCACACAGUUGCAGUGUAUGUGGAAAGGGAUUUGUCGACAGUUAUAAUCUCACAAGGCAUAUGAGGAUUCACUAGGGAGAGCGGCCAAAAGUUGCGGUUGUGGAAAGAGAUUUGUCAAUAGUUCCUAUAUCACUGAUCAUAUGCGGAUUCAUACGGGGUGCGGUCACAUAGUUGCAGUGUUUGUGGAAAGGGAUUUGUCUCCAGCUUUGAACUCACAAGGCAUAUGGGGAUUCACAAAGGUGAGUUGCAACACAUUUGCCAUGUUUGUGGAAAUGGAUUUGUUUCCAGAACUCAACUCAAUGAGCAUAUGAGAAUUCACGCGGGAGAGCGGCCACACAUUUGCAGUGUUUGUGGGAAGGGAUUUGUCACCAGUUCACAUCUUACUCGGCAUAUGCGGAUUCACACGGGAGAGUGGCCACACAAUUGCACUUUUUGUGGGAAGGGAUUUG